AUGGGAUAUUACGACUCAACUGGACACCACCACUCACUACGUGAAGGACUACACAAGAUGGCUGACCGUGUCUUCCACUCCGAGGGCGAGCGUGCCGACAUCUCUCGCUCCUCCGGCCCCAAGUCUAACGGAGCUCCUUCCGUCCCUAACACUGUUACCAUUCCCUGCCACCAUGUCCGCAUGGGUGACAUCUUGAUCCUCCAGGGUCGUCCCUGCCAGGUCAUCCGCAUCUCGACCUCGUCGGCUACUGGCCAGCACCGUUACCUUGGUGUCGACCUCUUCACCAAGCAGCUCCACGAAGAGUCUUCUUUCGUCUCCAACCCUGCUCCCAGCGUUGUUGUCCAGACCAUGCUUGGCCCCGUCUUCAAGCAAUACCGUGUUCUCGACAUCCAGGAUGGUUCCGUCGUCGCCAUGACCGAGACUGGUGACGUCAAGACCGGUGUACCCGUCAUUGAUCAGUCCAACCUGUGGCAGCGCCUUACCCAGGCCUUCAACGCCGGCCACGGCAGUGUCCGCGUCCUCGUCCUGAACGAUGGUGGUCGUGAGCUCGUUGUUGACAUGAAGGUCAUCCAUGCCUCCAGCUUGUAA